GGGCGUGUGCAAGAAGAUCCAGGAGUGCUACCCAUAUUUCCGGCUGCCAGACCUCUCCCCCGAGGACUCCUGGCUCUAUGGGCUGAGCGACUCCUGUCCUAUCAAGACCGACGAAGGAGUGGUGUUCGGCGUGUGCUGCGAGGGCGCGGGGGCCUCCCUGGCGAGCCCCCCCGGCGACGCCCGACAGGAGCUCCCCGCGCAGAAGGCGCCGAAGGAGGCGUCGGUGGUGAAGUACAUGGUCGCGGAGGGCGCGGAGGGCGGCCCGGGGCUCAUGGACCGCAGCCACGUCCAGUUCGUGCCGCCCCACGCCCGCCCCAUCGCCGCCUCCCGCCGCCCCGCCGUCGGCCAGGCCAGGUACCCGACGUACCCGACGCACCCGCCCUUCAUCACCCACGAGCCCUCGCACACCAACAAGCCCUGGUGGACCACGCGCCCGACCGGGUCCACGCCCGCGCCGCCCACCACCACCAGCCCCUGGUGGCCGCCCCAGACCACCGCCCGCACCACCACGACCAACCCGUGGGACCAGUGGACGACCACCACGACCGCCAACCCGUGGGACCAGUGGACGACCUCGGCCACGACCACCACCACCACCCCGCGGACGACGCCCUGGUGGCAGCCGCCCGUGACCACCUCCACCACGCCCGCGCCUCCUCCCCCCCCAGGGCCGCCCGCAGCUUCAGGACCCGAACCGGACGCUUGCUCAGCCGGCUCCUUCUACUCGGCCGACGCGUCUGAUUCGGAUGACGACGGCGGGUUCCGGAUAAGCGGCGGACAACCGGCCUCCAAGCACAGCUACCCGUGGAUCGCCAUUCUGUUCAACGGCAGGAAACCGUUCUGCGGCGGUUCGCUCAUUGACCGGACGCACAUCCUGACGGCCGCUCACUGCGUUGCUCACAUGAGCCAGUUCGACAUCUCCAACCUCCGCGUCCGGCUGGGUGCGCACAACAUCAUGUCGAGGGAGAGCACUGCGCAGGAGUUCAAGGUCACUCGGGUCGUCCGGCAUAAGGACUACAAUUCCAUGAAACUCUACAACGACGUCGCUAUGCUGACCUUGGAACGACCCGCUGUCUACACGGCGCAAGUACGACCCGUCUGUCUGGACAAGAGUCAGCGGCGGUAUGCUGCGAUACGUGACGGUCGACAGGUCCAGUUGGGCAGCAUGUAUGAAGGCGGCCCGCAAUCGCCAACGCUGUACCAAGUGCGCCUGCGCGUGUGGAGCAACGAGGACUGCGCACGUAAAUACGGACGAGCUGCGCCUGGCGGGAUUGUCGACUCGUAUCUCUGCGCGGGACAGGAUGGGAAAGAUUCGUGCCAGGGCGACAGCGGCGGCCCCCUGGUCAAGUACGAGAACGGCGUGUGGACUCAGGUCGGGCUGGUGUCCUGGGGCAUCGGGUGCGGUAAGGGUCACUACCCGGGCGUUUACUCCAGAAUCUCGUCCUUCUUGCCGUGGAUCAACCGUGUCCGAGCCGCAUACCGAUAGAGAAGCAGGUUCUUGCCCCGAGAAGCGCACGUCAGGGAGGGAGAGGACAAGGAAGUCGCAGAUUGGAUCAUAAUUUUCUUCUUCUACAGGAAUGUGUAUAUAUGUAUAGGUAUAUACAAGCACUAUAGAGAAUUGGCAUUAG